UUAAAAUUUAUAACCACAUUCCACAUUUUUAUUAAUAUAUAAAUGGUACAUGAGCAUCGUUUUAUUUUUUUUAUCAAUUAAUUUAGAAAAACUUCAUAUGCUCCAUGAAUCAAGGGACAAACCACAAUAAAAUCGUAACUCUAGAGAAACGGAGACAACAAUGGUUCCAAACCUCGCUGACCAUCAUCGUAUGUUAGUUCAUGAUACAAAUAUUGAUUAAAACAAUAUUGUCAUAUUUUUUGAAUUUUUCUCAAAAUUUGUGUAUUGACACCCCUAUAAAAUAUUCAGUUUUUCGGUAAAUGGUUAAUAUACUGAAGCCUAUAAUCUUUAGUGUUGUUUUAAAAUUUCAAAUCACAUUAUAUAUUUGUAUUAAUAUAUUUUAAACUAUAUUUGAUGGUAAUGGACAUUGUUUUAUUUUUUUUAUCAAUUAAUUUAGUAAAACUUCAAAUGUUCGCUAAAUCAAGGGAAAAACUAGAAUAAAUCGCUAUUCUAAAGAAACGGAGACAUCAAAGGUUCCAAACCUCUCUGACCAUCAUAACAUAUGUAAGUUCAUGAUACAACUACACAUUAAAACAAUAUUGUCAUAUUUUGUUUGAAUUUUUCUCAAAAUCUAUGUGUUAACCCUCAGUUUUUCGGUAAAUAAUUAAUAUACUGAAGCCUAUAAUCUUUAUUUAUGUUUUAAAAUUUUUAACCACAUUCCACAUUUGUAUUAAUAUAUUCUAAACUUUCUUACAUGGUACAUGAGCAUCAUUCAUUUUUUUAUCAAUUAAUUAAGUAAAACUUCAUAUGCUCCAUGAAUCAAGACAAACCACAAUAAAAUCGUAAAUCUAGAAAAAGGUUACAAACCUCUCUUACCAUCAUCAUAUGUUAGUUCAUGAUACAAAUAUGUAUUAAAAUAAUAUUGCCAUAUUUUUUUUAAAUUUUUCUCAAAAUCUGUGUAUAUAAAAUAUUUAGUUUUUUAAAAAAUGGUAAAUAUACUGAAGCCUAUAAUCUUUACUGUUGUUUUAAAAUUUCUAACUAUAUUAUACAUUUGUAUUAUUGUAUUCUAAACUAUCUUUGAUGGUACAGUAGCAUCGUUCUAUUUUUUUAAUCAAUUAAUUCAGUAAAACUCCAUAUGCUUCAUAAAUGAGUGGGCAAACCACAAUGAAAUCGCUAUUCUAGAGAAACAAAGACAAAAAAAUGUUUCAAACCUCUCUGUCUAUCAUCAUAUGUUAGUUCAUGAUACAAAUAUGCAUUAAAAAAAUAUUGUAGUAUUUUUUUGAUUUUUCUCAAAAUCAAUGUGUUAAUCCCUACAAAAUAUUCAGUUUUUCGGUAAAUUAUUAAUAUAUUUAAGCAUAAUCUGUAGUGUUGUUUUAAAAUUUCUUACCACAUUUUACAUUUAUAUUUAUGUAUUCUAAACUCUCUUAUAUUGUACAUGGGCAUCGAUCUAUUUUUUUAUCAAUUAAUUUAUUAAACUUCGUAUGCUCUUUAAAUUAAGGGACAAACUACAAUAAAUUCGCUAUUCUAGAGAAACGGAGACAAUAAAGGUUCAAAACCUCUAACCAUAAUCAUAUGUUAGUUCAUGAUACAACUAUGCAUUAAAACAAUAUUGUAAAUUUUUUUAAAUUUUUCUCAAAAUCUAUGUGUUAACCCCUACAAAAUAUUCAAUUUUUCACUAAAUGGUUAAUAUACUGAAGCCUAUAAUCUUUAGUGUUUUUAUAAAUUUCUAACCACAUUUUACAUUUGUAUUAAUGUAUUAUAAAUUAUCUUUGAUGGAACAUGGUCACCGUUCUUUUUUUUAUCAAUUAAUUUAGUGAACCUUCAUAUGCUCUAUAUAUCAGUAGACAAACCACUAUAAAAUCGAUAUUUUAGAGAAAUAUAGACAAAAAAGGUUCCAACUAUGUUCAUGAUACAACUAUGCAUUAAAACAAUAUUUUCAUAUUUAAAAAAAAUCUCAAAAACUAUGUGUUAAAUGGUUAAUAUACUGAAGCCUAUAAUCUUUAGUGUUGUUUUAAAAUUUCUUACCACAUUCUAUAUUUGUAUAAUGGAUUCUUAACUGUCUUUCAUGGUAAAUGAACAUCGUUAUAUUUUUUUAUUAAUUAAUUUAAUACAAUUUCAUAUGUUCCCUAAUUCAGUGGACAAACCACAAUAAAAUCACUAUUCUUUAAAACGAAACAACAAAGGUUCCAAACCUCUCUGACCAUCAUUAUAUGUUAGUUCAUGAUACAAAUAUGCAUUAAAAAAUAUUGUCAUAUAUUUUAAUUCUUCUCAAAAUUUAUAUGUUAACCCUAUAAAAUAUGGCCCCUAGUAUUUUCUUUUUGGGAAUGCGAAAAAUAUUAAGUAAAUUUUCAAGUCAUCUAGAGGAGUCAACAGCUGGUUAUUUCUUCUUUCAAUUUUUCCGUUUCAUAAAAAAAUAUCAUUUUGACAUUUUUACACAGAUUAAAAAAUGAUUAAAAUGCAUUAAAAAUUUUAUUAAUUAUACAUAUUUAAUCAAUAAUAUUUGAGAUAAGUAAAAUUAUUUAUAAAAUCAAUGAUUUAUAAUUAAUAUUGAGUUGAAAAUUGCAUUAAAAUUCUAAAAUAACACUAUUUUUAACAUUAAAAAAUAUAUUAAAAUGACACGUAAUAUGAAAAGAAUGAAUAUUUCCCACUCAACUCCAGUAACUAGAGGUAGUUGUGCACAUGAUUAGUGAUUAACUGAAAAUAGUAGUUUCCGGGAUUAUGUUUACAUUAAUACGAAUCAAUAUGAUUUCAUAUUUUUUCGUGUUUUCUUGUUUUGUUUUGUUAUAUUAGUAAUACAUUUGAUUAUUCCUAAUUACUGAUACACGUCCCCCAUUCGAGAGCUAUUAAUGCAUUUGAUACUAUUUUAAUUGAUUGACCAAGUCUCACAGCUAUACAACGAAUACAUGUUUCUCAUUAGUUUGAACUUUAGUCAGAAAUAAAACGUAGAGGGAGUCAGGGAUAGAACAUGAUCCAAGCAUUAUUUUAUCAAAAACAAAUUAAAACAUGAUCCAAGAUUUAGGCAAAAAUAUAGGUCGGGAAUUUGGAAUCUUGCUUCAAACGAGGAAUAUAAACCCUAAUUACAAGGUCAAGAUGUCAAAAUUUAAGAUAUUCGUGUGAUGCCCAAAAGAUAAGUGUAUAUAUACGUAAUCUAUUUAUAUGGAAAACUUGUAAUUACGACGGAUAUACAGAUAACGGAUAUUAUAAAUUUUAAAACACAGGGAUGAAUGUCUUGUCUACGAUGCAGUUUUGUAUCGGAUGAUCUACAAUGGUACUCUGUAUUUUCAGUUUAAAAUAUAAUUUAGUGUAAAAGCAAUUUAAUGAUAUUCUAUUUUUCACAUCCAUUUAUUGUUUGUUUAUCAUUUUAUUUUUCUUUCUAAACUCUAUUAUAAAAUUAUUCUACUUAAAAAAUAGAGUGAAUCAUUCAUAAUAGUCUUAUAACUUGGUGUCUCCCUUUAUAUUAGUGGGGUGUCAAAUUUUCAGGAUUUUAGCAAGCAAUUUUCUUUUUAGUAUUUUUCUGAAUCGUGGAUAUUGUAUUUUAUAUUAUUUUCUAUUCUUUUACAUAGUUUUAGUAUCUGUAUUUUUAUCAUCUUGCAACACUUAUAUUCACAAUUUCUAUUGUAAUUACUUUACAAAAAAACACAAAAUAAUUAUAAAUAAACAAAAAGACUAAUGCGGGAAGGGAGAACGAACAACUAGUACCGACUGGAUUAAAAGCAGGGACUUCAACUUUAAAAUCAUGAAUCAUUUGAUUUGACCUCCCUCGUUAAUGCCUUUUUUUUUUUGGUCAAUGUUAAUGCCUUCUUUUGGUCAAUGUUAAUGCCUUCUUUUGUUUCAAAAAAUGUUAUUUUAGAAUUAUUAUUUUAAUUUCUUAUUUACCCUUUUAAAUAAUCAAUAAAUUUUAUAUAAAUUAAUUCAAUAAUUAUACAUUAAAUAGUUUUUUGAAAUAUAUGUUAUUAUUUUUAAUCUAAAUAAAUAUAUCAAAAUUUUGCUUUUUGCAAACGAAAGGAUGAAAUACUACGUUUAGAUAUCUAUAAUCUAAAUGCAAAAAAUGCUCAAAGCCAAACAAAAAUAGACUAAUAUUUAUAUUGAAUUCCUAAUCUAACUAAAAAAAGAAUCCCCGCUCUAAAUUUAUUUAGUUAGGAAUUUUUCUCAGUGUCAUUUAAUUGUAGUUUUUUAGACUUGGCACUUGGGAAUCUUGGGUGCAGUUUCUAAAGUCCGAGCAGAAGAUAUAAUGAAAAAUAAUGGCCCACCACAAACUAACAAGGCUGGGUUUGUGGCUUUUACUGUUGGACUCGUUAUAAUUAAAGACUUAAAGUGUAUCUUAUCAACUUUUUAAAUCUUUUUCAACUUAAACAUUGUAUUUUAUGCAGAAGUGGGUAAAGAUCACCUCCAACUUUACAAAAGAAACUGUUUAAAAAUAAUUAAUCGAGAAUGAGAAAUGAAUCGCAAGAGACUAGAAUGAUUGGUUAUGGACCACGUGUGGCACCCUUGAAUCCAAUUAUUGAAACCAUAUUUACACAUUUUGUUUUAGGGAUGCCAUAAAUAUAAUUUAUACCCACUUUGUGCUAACACAAAAUUUAACAUAUCCGAAACUUUUAAGAUAUGUAAUGUAGGUAUUGAAUAUUAAUGAUAUUAAAUGUAAUGUUUGGAUAUGUUGUAAUUUGUUAUCGUAAAACAAUUUUGAAUGGACAUAAAAUAACAUAAUUCAUACGGGAAUUUAGGCCAAUGGCCAGUUUUCUUUUUCUUUUUUUUUUGCCACAAGUGACCAAUUUUCCAGUCUUUGCAUCUCAAUCUAUCAAUUCUACUUAAAAAAAUUAUAGAUGUAUUAAAUGAUAAAUUAGCUGAUUUAUUUAUAAGUUUCAAAAGUUAAUUUUAAACUCAGGCAAUUCCUUGCUUAAGAAAGCAAAUUUAAUAUAUCUGGCAGAUAAUAUGGACUAGUAGACUUUAAGUGCAGCAGUUUUAUAAUAUUUGAAUUUGGAGUAUUCCAUUUUCUCUCCAUAUAAUCCUUUUAGUUCUCUACUUAAUCAUAUUGCUUGUAGACAAUCAUAAUUUCGUACACAUGAAAGCCAUCCACAGAGAAAAUAAAGCAUCCAUAAACAAAAUAAAUCCCCAUAAAAAGGAAGACAGCAGAGACAUGGUAACCAUAUUCUUUAAACAAAAACAGAGCAUGCCUUACUUCUAAAAGUAAAAUAGAACCAAAACGAGCUGCCUGGCUGUGUGAACUCUAAACACAGAAGGAAUGAGAAUCUGUGUAUAAAAGUAAAAUGAAAACUCGAAAAACGUUACAACUUUGAGCAAAACUGUAACUGCAGAUUAUAUAAAGUCUUGUAGCUUACUAAUCCUAAGGAUCUACUCAGCUUCUUCGGUUCAGUAAAGAAAGAGAGAGAAAAAAGUACAAAUAUUAGUUGUAAAGGGAACAGAUUUUAUAUAAUAAAUGAAGAAGACUGCAACAAGAAGUGUGUAUUCGUAUUGAUUAUAGAAUUUAAAGAAACUCUGCGGUCUUUUUUUUCUGCAGACAGAGACAGAGAGAUAGCAUUUAGAGAGCAAGAAGGGUAAUGUGUUUUGGUUACAUGAGCUGUUUCUCUCUAUCUUUAACUCACUUCACAUCUUCUCUCUCUCUUAUCUCUCUUUCACAACAGUGAUGAAGCCAUGAAAAUGCAAUUAAUUACAGCUUUCUUCUUCUUCUUCUUCUUUCUCUGCUUUGUUCUGGGCUCCUCUGGUUUAAGCCCCGAUGGAUUGCUGUUGAUGAACUUUAAGUCCUCUGUCCUCGUUGAUCCUCUCUCUCUCUUACAGACAUGGAACUACAACCACGAAACUCCAUGUUCUUGGAGAGGAGUCUCUUGCAACAACGACUCCAAAGUCAUCAACUUGUCUCUCCCCAACUCUCACCUCUUGGGCUCGAUCCAUUCCGAUUUGGGCUCUCUCCGCUCCCUCCAAAGCCUCGACCUUUCCAACAACUCCUUCAACGGGCCGUUACCCGUUUCGCUUUUCAACGGAACGGAGCUCCGGUCACUCGACCUCUCCGGUAACAUGAUCUCCGGCGAAGUCCCUGCCUCGAUCGGCGAUCUUCACAGCCUCCAAACGCUUAACCUCUCAGACAAUGCCUUGGCGGGAAAGCUACCCGCUAACUUGGUGACGCUUAGAAACUUAACGGCGGUUUCGCUGCGGAGCAACUACUUCUCCGGCGAGAUUCCCGGCGGGUGGAGAGACGUUCAGUUUCUAGACUUGUCGUCGAAUCUGAUCAACGGCUCGCUACCGCCGGACUUCGGCGGAGCUAGUCUCCGUUACUUGAACGUCUCGUUCAACCAAAUCUCCGGCGAAAUACCGCCGGAGAUCGGUGCUAAUUUCCCCAUUAACGCCACCGUUGAUCUCUCCUUCAACAACUUAACCGGUUCAAUCCCUGAUUCUCCGGUUUUCCUUAACCAGAAAUCAAUUUUCUUUUCAGGAAACCCGGGUCUAUGCGGCGACCCGUGUCCCAUCUCGUCUUCACCGUCAACCAUCUCCGACGCCGAUUCACCGACGUCGACGCCGGCGAUCGCCGCCAUACCGAACACAAUCAGCUCAAACCCGGUUACCAAUCCAACAACGCAACAAACGAACCGGACUCCCCGAACCGGUUUACGUCCAGUAGUCAUAACCGGGAUCGUCAUCGGAGAUAUCGCCGGUAUCGGAAUCCUCGCCGUGAUCUUCCUUUACAUCUACAGACGCAAGAAGAACAUUGCUAACAACAACAACGACAAGCAACGAGAAGAGACAACAGAUACGAUUACGUUAUCACCAUCUUCUUCUUCUUCUUCCUCACCAGACGAGUCAAGAAGAUUCACGAAAUGGUCGUGUCUACGUAAAGACCCCGAAACGACGCCGUCUGACGAAGAAAGCGGUUACAAUGCGGAUCAACGGUCGAGAGAUAGCGAAGGGACGUUAGUGACCGUUGAUGGAGAGAAGGAGAUGGAGAUCGAGACUCUGCUCAAGGCCUCUGCUUAUAUUCUAGGCGCCAGGGGGUCGAGUAUAAUGUAUAAAGCCGUUCUCGAAGACGGUACGGUUUACGCGGUUCGUCGGUUAGGUGAGACCGGUUUGACUCAGCGCCGGUUUAAGGAUUUCGAGUCGAAUAUUCGCGCGAUUGGGAAGCUGGUUCACCCGAAUUUGGUUAGACUCCGUGGGUUCUAUUGGGGUAUAGACGAGAAGCUGGUUAUUUACGAUUUUGUCCCUAACGGCAGCCUCGUUAACCCCCGUUACCGGAAAGGAGGUGGGGCUUCUUCGCCGUAUCAUCUACCGUGGGAAACUCGGCUUAAGAUAGCAAGAGGCAUAGCACGUGGGCUAGCUUAUCUCCACGAGAAGAAGCAUGUGCAUGGGAACUUGAAGCCCAGUAGUGUAUUAUUGGGCCACGACACGGAGCCCAGAAUCGGUGAUUUAGGACUCGAGAGGCUUCUCACUGGUGAAACAAGCUACAGCCGAGCUGGUGGGUCUUCUAGGAUCUUUGGUAGCAAGCGUUCAAGGGGGUCUUCACUGGACUUCUCGUCCAUCGGGCCCACGCCAAGCCCGAGUCCUAGCUCGUUGGGCCCGUUGUCGCCUUACUGCGCACCGGAGUCUUUCCGGAGCCUUAAACCGAGCCCAAAAUGGGACGUUUUUGGGUUCGGAAUGAUCUUACUAGAGCUUCUCACGGGGAAGGUCCUUUCAGCUGAAGAGGUUGGGCUUGGAAUCGGACUGACAGUAGAGGAUGGACACCAUGCACUGAGGAUGGUCGACGUGACGAUUCGCGGUGAGUUGCUUGGCAAAGAAGACUUUCUCCUCGGUUGUUUGAAGUUGGGAUAUAACUGUGCGUCUCCUAUUCCUCAGAAGAGACCAACCAUGAAGGAGUCGUUGGCUGUUCUUGAAAGAUUCACUCCUAGCUCUGAUGUUGUUAAGUCUCCCUCGUUCCACUACAUGAAUCACUAAUUAAUGUUGUUUUUUAGUUUAUUUGAUCUCAUUGCUAACUUGUUUCAGUGUAUAAAAACCUUAAAGUUCGAAUGUGUUUUUUCUCCACAAAAUCCCAUUAUUACAUUAAUAGUCCAAUAAGUAUUGUUCAGU